AUGGCCGACGGCAUCCAGCUCACCACGGUGAAGAGCAAUGUCUCUAUCAAGUCUUCCAACACCGGCCACCGAAAGGCCCCCCCUAGAAACUCCAACACAUUCGACUCCGAGUCUCGUCAUGAAAACGAGAAGAGUGGCCACCAUGGCCACCGAGGCCGUCGGCGGAAGUUGGAUGAUGACGGUCUUUCCCGCGCCAACACAGGCGAUGAGGCUUCUCUAAACGCCAUGGGCAGGUUGUACAACAAGAUCAUUGGCUUCUCAGUCGUUACACGAUAUCUCGUCUACGUUGUCCCCGUCAGUCUUCUCCUCGCCAUUCCGAUCAUCGUCCUUGCCGUCAUGGAUAAAAAGGAAGACCCCAAAGUGGGCGCUAAGAAAGGCCAUGGACCUUCACUAUUCGAUGUCUUCCUCUGGGUCCAAAUCAUGUGGCUCUCACUCUGGGUCGCCAAGGUUGUGGCUUGGUUUCUCCCUGGCGCCUUCAUGUUCUUCUGCGGUGUCGUCAGCAUGGGUACUCGCAAGUACGCAACCGUUCUCAGCAACCUCAUUCUCCCCUUCUCCUUCUUCUUCUGGGCUUUGGCAUCCUACGUGACUUUCCAGGGACUCUUCAAAGACUACAAGGACGCGACUACCAUCAGGGUUAAUGGCAACACCGAAUCAGUCGACGCCAUUGUUUGGUGUCAGAACAUGAGCCGCGUCCUCGGAGCCUUGUUCGUCUCGUCUGCUGUCUUCCUCGGUGAAAAGGCAAUUGUUCAGCUCAUUGGUAUCUCGUACCAUCAGCGGUCGUUUGCCAACCGAAUCAAGGCCUCGAAGCGAGAAAUCCAUCUACUUGGAUUGCUAUAUGAUGCCUCUCGCACCCUGUUCCCUAUGUACUGCCCGGAAUUCGCCGACGAGGACUACAUCAUCAACGAUAGCAUCGAGAUAAUGCUCCGAGGCAAGAACAAGAAGGGUGGUCACAAGCGGGCAGGAUCUGCUACACCCAUGAAGAUCAUUGGAGACGUCGGUCGCAUUGGAGACAAAGUCACGUCCGUCUUUGGCAAUAUUGCGUCCGAAAUCGCCGGCAAGGAGGUGUUCAACCCCAACUCUGCUCACUCAAUUGUUCUUGAGGCUUUGGAGAAAAAGAAGUCAUCUGAGGCGUUGGCCCGUCGUAUCUGGAUGUCCUUCGUCGUGGAGAACCAUAACUCGCUUGUCGUCGACGACUUCCAGGAAGUGCUCGGCCCUGCCUACAAAGACGAGGCCGAAGAAGCUUUCUACGCCAUUGACAACGAUGAGAACGGCGAUAUCAGUCUUGACGAAAUGGUCCUCAAAAUUGUUGAGAUGGGAACUGAGCGAAAGGCAAUUGGCGAAGGCAUGAAAGACAUUGGUCAAGCUCUGCGAGUCUUUGAUAAGGUCAUCUUGUUCUUCGUCUUCCUGCUUGUCAUCUUCAUUUUCCUUAUCUUCUUCAAGAGCACUCUCGUCACGACUCUGACUGCUGCUGGAACCACCCUUCUCUCGCUUUCGUUUGUUUUUGCCGUUACCUGCCAGGAGUUCUUGGGCUCAUGCAUCUUCUUGUUCGUCAAGCAUCCCUAUGAUGUCGGCGACCGAGUUGAGAUUUCUGCUACCACCAUGGUUGUCAAUAAGAUCUCCCUUCUCUAUACUGUCUUCCACCGCGGCAACAACCAGGUUGUUCAGAUCCCCAACAUCGUUCUCAACAACUUGUGGAUUGAGAACAUCUCUCGCAGCAAGUCUAUGAGCGAGACCAUCGAAGUCAACGUCUCUUUCGACACGUCUUUCGAAGACGUCGAACUCCUUCGAGUGGAAAUGGAGAAGUUUGUCCGGGCUCCUGAAAACUCGCGCGACUUCCAACCGGAGUUGAACAUUGAUGUUGGCAGUGUGGGCGAUCUUGAUAAGCUGCUCCUUAAGGUGGAUAUCAAACACAAGUCCAACUGGCACAACGCUAGUGUCCGAGCCAACCGCCGGUCCAAGUUCAUGUGUGCAUUGGCCCUGGCCCUGAAGAAGGUUCCCAUCUUUGGUCCUGGUGGCGGCGGCGAGGCUCUGGGUGGCCCGACGAACCCCACGUACUCGGUCACGGUUAGCGAUGAGUUUGCCAGCAAGAGCCGUGAUGAUGCCGCCAAGGACAAGGAAAACGCUCGCUUGGUCCCAACCCAUAAGAAGGAGCAGAGCGAGGAGAGCGAGAAGCAGGCCAUCAACGAGCUUAGCACUCGUCCCGUUGUGCCUGACCUUGGUUCUUGGGAUACUCGAGAUGACCAGACCCUCGGCUCGGACGAGCACCACGAUCACGCCCGUACUAAGGACAUCGAGAAUCUGCGUCACGAUCUCAAGCGGGACAGCACUCGCGGUCGUCGCAAGGCUGGUGAGACCCUGCCUGCUUUGACUUUGGAGACGCCUCCUAGGCCCAGCAUUUCUGUGAGGCACCCAAGCCCUAGGAGCCCAAUGCGUAGCCCCUUCGAAGAAGACACUGAGUCGGGUACGGGCCUGGGUGUGACCCCCUAUCACUCCAAUCUCUCUGCAGGCUCCUCUGGCGGCAAUGGGUACCAGCCCUACGGUGCAACCGGCCCCAGCGGCCAUGUGCAGACCAAUGUGCAAAACCCUCUGCAGGGCACUCCUUCGCAGCGGAAGGGACCAUCCAAAUAA